ACCUGAGAAUAUGAGAAGUUUUAACCUUUCAAUUUGUAAUGAUUAAAAUGUUUCAUAUUAUUCUGUAGGAGCUGAAACUUUAUAAGCUCAUUGUUCUGAUUUAUUUAAAGUUACUUCUAAUGUUCUUUAUAACGGGCUUAAUAAAAGUUAUGGACCACCAACUGAUAAUGAUGGAGUUUUUUGCCAUGAAGAAAUUUAAUGGGGAACUCAUCUUCUAAAUUUUGAAUGUGAUCAUUCAGAUUUAGUUGGUUUAGGUAGAAAAACUAAUACUUAUGAAUAAGUUAUUAAUUUACUUAUGUCAAAUAUUAGAUAUAAUUAUGGUAUUUCUAUAGAAUGA